CAAAAUAAAAGUAAAAGACCCCAUUCUGUGAGUCUCUUCUUCUUCAACCAGCGGAGUUCUUCUUCAACCAGCGGAGGACGGACAACCUUCUGCCUUCUUGAACCAGCGGUUACCCAACAAACGAUAACCGGAGAAAAGAUUAAAAGGGUGAGCGCCAUAAUGGCAGUUGACAAAAGUAAACUCGAAGAAGAUGCAAGUUUGCGCAGGUUCUACAAGAUAGUUCUCAGUUGGGACUAUCUUCGCCUUCUUAAAGAAUCUUCUGGAAAUAAAAUUCACAAAAAAGGCAAGGAUCCGUCUCUCAAGAAAGUGAAAGACACGUACAAAGAUGUCAACGACUAUCUCGCCACAUUUGAGCCCCUCAUGUUUGAAGAAGUGAAAGCUAAUAUUUUUCGAGAGAAUGAUGAAAAAUCAGGAUGGAAAGAAGGGGUGCUGACAGAGUGCAAUGAAUCUGGUGGGUUUCAUUUACCCUCAAUUGAUGUUGGUGAUGAAGACUUUGGGACAAAUUCUGAUUUGCUUCUUAUCUCAAAAAAACAGUUAGGAUUGGAUGCAAAAACACAGGCCACAUAUGCAUUUGCAUUGGUUGAGGGUAGACAUCGUGGAGUGCUCAGACUUAGAAUGCAUCUAAAUGGAGAGAUAAAUGAUAUAUCUUUAGAUACCGAGUUUGAACCUUGUGCAAGGCUGUUGAGUAUGCGUCCCCUUAUUUCUGAGAUUAAUAAGCCAUGGUACGUCAUGAAGAUCUUCAAUAUGUCCACAAUAGUUCGUGAAUAUGUGGCUCUACGGUCAAUUAGUACUCUUCCAUUCAAGGAUCUGAUAUUAUCGGCUGCUGAUAAGAAUAAUGGUUCUGAAGAUAAUGCCUGGAAAAUUUCUGAAACUCUUGAGAAAUUUAUUAAAAGCAGCCACAAUGAAUCUCAACUGAACGCUAUACUUGCGGGACUCUUCCGCAAGGGGCUCCUCCUGAUACAGGGACCUCCAGGAACGGGGAAAACACAAACCAUAUUAGGGAUUCUCAGUGUCCUUCUACAUGCUACUCCAAUGAGAAUACAUGCAAAAGGCCAGAUACACGAAUUGAAACGUAAAGCAGAGUUAUCUCUUGUUGAAAAAUAUAGCUGUUGGAAGAAAGCAUCUCCUUGGUUAAAUGCUAUGAAUCCUAGAGAUUUAAUCAAGCCUAAAGAUGGUGAUGAUGGUUUCUUCCCAACAUCUGGAAACGAGAUGAACCAGAAGUUGUUACCAAUCGCAAGAAUCUUGUUCGAGUUCUGGUUUGUGCUCCAUUCAAACUCUGCCCUUGAUGAGAUUGUGUUACGUAUUCUAAAGACUGGUAUUUGUAAUGAAGAUGGCCGCAGAUACAACCCUAAAAUUGUGCGGAUUGGAUCUAAAGCCCACCCCUCUAUUCAGUCAGUUUUCCAUGAAUUACCUUGUUUUGCUUGUAGGUGGAACAAAAAACUAGCAGGAAUGGACAUUAAGACUGACGAGAAGAUAGUGGGUCGGGAGAAGAAUUGGAUAGUAUUCGGGAUUCAGUGUCUUGAUCAAGCUGCAAUUGUGUUUUCCACCCUUAGCACCAGCGGUUCUCUAUUAAGGCGAAAGUUUGAUGUGGUUAUAAUAGAUGAGGCUGCUCAAGCAGUAGAGCCUGCAACCCUCAUCCCACUGGCUACUGACUGCAAGCAAGUAUUCCUGGUUGGUGACCCUGUUCAACUGCCAGCAACUGUACUUUCUACUGUUGCUCAGAACUUAGGAUAUGGCAUGAGUUUAUUCAAAAGAUUGCAGCAAGCUGGUUAUCCUGUGACAAUGCUGAAGACUCAAUAUCGGAUGCAUCCAGAGAUAAGAAGUUUUCCCUCGAAGGAAUUUUAUAAUGGGGAACUGGAAGAUGGGCCUGAUCUUGAGAUACAGACAAAGCGUGCAUGGCACAAAUAUAAAUGUUUUGGUCCUUUUUGCUUCUUUGAUAUACAUGAGGGAAGAGAUUCCCAACCAUCUGGCGUUGGUGGAUCUUCGGUAAAUGAAGAUGAAGUGGAGUUUGUUCUCAAUAUGUACCACCAUCUGGUGACAAACUACCCUGAACUUAAAAAGGGUUCACGAGUUGCAAUUAUUACUCCGUAUCGAAGCCAGGUCAAGCUCUUUAUUGACCGUUUCUUGGAAAUGUUUGGCGUGCCCUCAAAGAAUGUAAUUGAUAUUAUGACAGUGGAACGGUUUUUCCAGGUUAGUUGUCAUUUCCUUAGCCUUCCUCCUUCUGGUUUCCUUGAAAUUUUUGUGAGGAUUAUGAACAGCCAUUGUCAUCUUGUUUGUUCACUUGCAGGACGAGAGAAGGAUGUUGUUUUCUUUUCAUGGUUAGGGCUAGUGAAGAUGGUAGCAUUGGAUUUUGAAAGAUUUUCGAAGAAUGAAUGUUGGGAUACCCGAGAAGCAAGAGGCUUCUGUCCUGGUACUAGUAAUACUCAUAUAUCAUCAUAUCCAUGUUUCAAGUUUUUUUUUUGUCUAAGUUGGUAUCUUUCGACUAUAUAUAGAUUGUUGGUUAUCUGCAACAAACACUGAAAAGAGAUCCCCAUUGGAAAAGAUUAGUGGAGAUGCUGAUCAGAGAAACUGUGUCCUUAAGGUAUCAAAACCGUAACAAUACAUUUUUCAUUGAAGAAAACAUCAAAUCCUUGGAAGUCUCUUCUAAGGCGGCGGAAGACGAAAAAGAAGAAGAGCCUACAGAUGAUAUGGAAUAGCCGGCCAAACUCAGCAGCAGCAGUGUGUCAUUUGAAGAUCAAGAACCAGCUGGUUAUGGAGACGAUGAUGGAGGAUACGCCGGUGGCGAUGCACUGAAAACGCCUUUUUCUUUUUUCUUUUUCAUAUAGCCAACCAACAUUAUUAUUAUACACCUCUAUUUAAGCUUUCAUUGAAUUCUGCUUUAGUUAGUAAGCAGCAGAAUAGAUUACGGAUUAUUGAAUAUAAAUCCAAUUCAUAUAUGUAUUUAAAUAACAAUAUUAACUAACUAAGCAAUAUGAAAUUGAUUUUUUUUUACAUUUUAA